AUGACCGUCGAUUUCAUUCUAGCUUUGCAAUACGAUGAGGUCAAUGUCAACAACGACCCUCGUAUUUUCUCUAAUUAUGGUCAUAUUGUGAGGAAGUCUAGCAUGGAUGGAGCAAUGGAUAUGAAGACGUAUUAUAUGCUGACUGAGGAGGAUAAUUCGAGCGCAGAGUCGGGCCAUUCGUUGCCUUUGUCCAUGGACGAGGUUAAGAAUAAAGAAGCUAAGGAUGAAGAGCUCAAACAAGAAGUAGAACAUCACAUCGGGGCUGCACGUGAGCUUCUGGACUUUUCCCCUGGGAUUCAAGUCCUCAAAACAGAAGUCAAUACAGCCGAGACCUUCUUGCGCGACGGUGUCUUCUAUGAGCCAGUGCCGCCGGAGGAAUCGAAAGCCGUCAUCAUGUCGAUGGAAAAAGAGUUCCUGGGCACCGGUCGCUGGUACAGACGUGUGCAACGGCCAUCCCGUCACGGUAGGUGA